UUUUAAAAACAUCCGUAGAGAGGCAAUGUGAUAAGGGGUGGGGACAGACUGCAGCAAUCACUGGGAGAAGUACUUAAAUGCUCUGAGGCCAAGCAGGUCAUGAAAUGAUUUAAGCAGCUGAGUGGGGACACUGCCUACCCGGACAAGGUGACUCUGGAGGAGCUGCCAUGUGAAAAGAGAAGCUCAAAGUAAGUGCGUUUUGACUCUUUAGGGAGGCCAGAAGUCUGGAUUUUAAUAUUUUGGCAAUUAAUCCAUAUUUUUGGAAAACACCAUACUGACCAAACAAAACUGGUCAGUGCAUCAGAUGCCUAGCCUUCAAGUUUUCCACUCUCGGGCUACCUCUUAAGGUUUGGCUUUGGGUGGGGGAGUUUGACCUGCAGCAAGUAACCUCACUUGUUAGCGCUUAAUUUCCCCUCUGGUCAAAAGGGAUAAAUUAAAGACUAUCCUUCCGCAUUCUGAUGCUCCUUUGAGAUAAUUCUAGAGUUCGCCCAUCUCUUUACUAAGCCUUCCCUUACUACCCAAGGUCCCACUCUACUUAAAGCAUUUGGAUAAUUUUCGGUUUUCUACUGGACAUUUUAAAACUGGGGGUUCCUAUGCAUGAAAAAUUUUCACAAGUUCCCUGAAUGGGAUCCGGCAGGGAUGCAAAGAGUUAAGAGGAAAUAGCCAAUUAGGGUCUAGCUAAUCUGAGAAGUUCAGGACCUCAAAAGUAUCUAGAGCCCUUCUAAGAGGCCUGACUCAAAGACGCUAGGGUGGCUUAUCCACCCAGCGCCCGCGAAAUCCUAGAGGAAUUGCAGAGCAGAACCUACAAGGAGACAUCAGCAUCCCGUGCUACACUAGACCAAGGCCUCGGCGGAGCGCGCAGAAGACAACUCUGGGCCCGUUGAGCCAACACAGGACACCCAGAGGGAAUCUGGAAAAAUUGCAAGGAAAACAUCAUUUCUCUAAGAAAAUUUUGGGUAACAGAAAUUCUGGACAACAGGGCAUACCAAUUCAAUCACCAUGAGUUGGAGCUUCCUGACUCGCCUGCUAGAGGAGAUUCACAACCAUUCCACAUUUGUGGGGAAGAUCUGGCUCACUGUUCUGAUUGUCUUCCGGAUUGUCCUUACAGCUGUAGGAGGAGAAUCCAUCUAUUACGAUGAACAAAGCAAAUUUGUGUGCAACACAGAACAGCCGGGCUGUGAGAAUGUGUGCUAUGAUGCAUUUGCACCCCUCUCCCAUGUACGCUUCUGGGUGUUCCAGAUCAUCCUGGUGGCAACUCCCUCUGUGAUGUACCUGGGCUACGCUAUUCACAAGAUUGCCAAAAUGGAGCACGGUGAAGCAGACAAGAAGGCAGCUCGGAGCAAGCCCUAUGCCAUGCGUUGGAAACAACACCGGGCUCUGGAAGAAACGGAGGAGGACAACGAAGAGGAUCCUAUGAUGUAUCCAGAGAUGGAGUUAGAAAGUGAUAAGGAAAAUAAAGAGCAAAGCCAACCCAAACCCAAGCAUGAUGGCCGACGACGGAUUCGGGAAGAUGGGCUCAUGAAAAUCUAUGUGCUGCAGUUGCUGGCAAGGACCGUGUUUGAGGUGGGUUUUCUGAUAGGGCAGUAUUUUCUAUAUGGCUUCCAAGUCCACCCAUUUUAUGUGUGCAGCAGACUUCCUUGCCCUCAUAAGAUAGACUGCUUUAUUUCUAGACCCACUGAAAAGACCAUCUUCCUUCUGAUAAUGUAUGGUGUUACAGGCCUUUGCCUCUUGCUUAACAUUUGGGAGAUGCUUCACUUAGGGUUUGGGACCAUUCGAGACUCACUAAACAGUAAAAGGAGGGAACUUGAGGAUCCGGGUGCUUAUAAUUAUCCUUUCACUUGGAAUACACCAUCUGCUCCCCCUGGCUAUAACAUUGCUGUCAAACCAGAUCAAAUCCAGUACACCGAACUGUCCAAUGCUAAGAUCGCCUACAAGCAAAACAAGGCCAACACAGCCCAGGAACAGCAGUAUGGCAGCCAUGAGGAGAACCUCCCAGCUGACCUGGAGGCCCUGCAGCGGGAGAUCAGGAUGGCUCAGGAACGCUUGGACCUGGCAAUUCAGGCCUACAGUCACCAAAACAACCCUCACGGUCCCCGGGAGAAGAAGGCCAAAGUGGGGUCCAAAGCUGGGUCCAACAAAAGCACUGCCAGUAGCAAAUCAGGGGAUGGGAAGACCUCCGUCUGGAUUUAAUCCUGGCGGGCUUAAAACUUGUGCUUUUCAUAGUUUAUGGUAAGCAGCAGCUCACUGAAUAAUGACUUCCAUUGAGUAAACAUUUGGCUCUGGUUAUCUUCAGGGAUGCUGUUGGCUCAUGAUCCAAGCUCAGGGGACUCCAAAGGCGGGGCUGAGCUGAGGGGGAGAAAGGGAAACACAGUGUUCCCGGGCACAUGUUCUCAGCAAUAAUACAGUUGCAGAACUUUACAUUCUUGUCUUCCAGAUCUGGAGAGGAACAGACAUAUUUAAAUCAUUCUUGUUGAACAGUUUUUGUAUGUACAGUAUUAUGGUACUUUUUUUCAGUAUGAAAACUUUUUUUGUAUUUGUACAUUGAACUGGUGUAGUUAUACUUUUAUAUUAAAGGGGAAAAGGUCCUCAUAAGUAAUGCCUAUUAGGCUAGUGUUAUUGCUUUGUUCAGCAAAUCCUACCCUGGCUAUAGAGUUUUUAAUAGAUGCUACACCUAAUAAAAGUGCCUCUCAUAUUGCAGGAAAGAUUUCAGAUGUAUAAAGAGACUGAAGAGGAGAUAGCAGUUUUUAGUCUUAGAAAGUAAGUUCAUAGUAGAAAGGAGGUUGACGUCUUUCUUUUACAUGAGAAAUUUUUGAAUCUCAUUCAUGUGACCAGAGUUGUGGCCAAUUUUUGAAAACCUAUUCUUAUUUUCCAAGGAAUUAAAUGAUUCACUGUAGGAUUCCUUUAAAUAUCAAGCAUCACCAGUAUACGCUUUGAUGGUGUGUGUAUAGAACUUAAAAGUUCUUCCAAAAGCCCGAUACAGAAACAUGCCCCCAGUUUGGUAGCAAUGUGGAAAACCUGGCUAGAGAUGAUGUGGAGCUGUCUCUCAGAAAGGAAACCAUGCCUGGAAAAUGGGCCCUAAUAGGAUGCUUAGUUGUGAACCUGUUGGAUUUGCCUUAAGCCUCUAUCCAGAAACCUGCCUGCCUCCCUCUGGUUAAGAAGCCAGUGGUGGAUAUUUUCUUUGUUAACAUUAGAAAUGCAAAAAUUCGCUUUUCGACCAAGAAUACUCAAAGCUACUUGUAUUGGAAAUGGCAGAAGGCCUAAAUCCAAAUUUCUUAUUUUUUAUAAUUUACCAUAGAACUUUUGUGAUUAAGCAUCUUCUGCCAAUGGAGGUUUAUGCCUGAAAGGUCAUGAGUUUCUGUCUGUAAAUAGACCCAAAGAGAAGUGCACUGUUUAUUCCUUGUAGGCAUAAUGUGUUUGUCACUGACAAGGAUUAACAUUCACCCACUAGUCUUUUAUUGCCAUCUUCAACCUUAUGUUGGAGAACUUUGCUUUUUCUUCAUGUUUGCAUUGUCUUAAAUUUUGCGAGCUUCUGACAAAAAGCUUGGUAAAGGUUUAAAGGGGCCUUUGUUCCACCAGGGAGCAUUUUAUUUGGGGGUCUCACUCUUUUCAAACGAAAGCUAUUGUAAGCCACCUCUGACUUGGAAAUUCUAAAAGUAUUAAUAUUUUUUAUAUCUUAAUUGUAAAAUGCCAGUUCUCCAUUAUUUAGAUGAAUCGUAGAACAACACCCUUUGUGCAGUAUUUUUCUUUGUUUCUCCAUUGCAUUCCUUCCCCCACC